GUAAAUUCUUUUCCUCCAAUGUCAUCCUGCUUGUGAGAGGUCCCUAGAAUCAAAAGUUAAAAGUUUCUUUUUAACCAAUCCGCUGUGUUACAAUAAAUAGAUCAAAGGUUUAGACAACCGAUUCCUAAAAUUAUGGUAACCAGCAACCGCCAUAAUCAAACAAAGAUCCGCCAAACCAAAAGCUAACCACUGAAAAAGUCCCCCUACCGCCCCAAUAGUAAAUCCGUAAAGAGUACUCCGUAAAGGAAACCUAGUUCAUCAUAUAGUUACCCGCUCAAGAAUAUCAAAAUCGAGACCAUGCCCAUAGGAAGCAUUAUCAAAAAAGCUUCCAGUUUUAUACUGGGUGACGAGAGAUUGGACAGAAAAAUCGAUAUUUCUUACGAAGACAACGAAAUCCUCUUCUGCAAGAAUAACGUCUGCAUCCAUCCGCCCACAAUCGCCCGCGAUGAGUCGGAUAUACUGCACAAUCCGGGCUAUCUGACCUGUACGACAAAGACCUUUGUGGAUCAGUAUAAUAGCGCCAAGAGGCCCACGCUCUUGCUCACCUGGAUACCGAAUUCGUCCCUAUGCAAGUACACCAAUCUGAACACCGACGAUUGCCGCGGUCAGUGCAAUCCGAGGAGCAGGUCGCCGGACUCCCGAAACGGCUACUGUCAGGUGACCAUACCGCAGACGAUUAAGGAACAGGACAUCCGGGAGGAAGACGAGAGCGCGGCGGAUAUGCAGGAACUAAAGAAUGAACUGCAACCACUGCUGGGUGGCCAAACCGCAUCCAUAGACGACCUGACCGCUCUGCUGAAGAAUAACCCCAUCACAUCGGUGAACAUAACGAUCUCCAAUCCGCAGAUCGAGAACAGCAAUAUAUCGCAGUCCUUCAACUGCAUCACUAUCCGGCCGGAUGGAAAUAAUUGUUCUGAUUGCACGAAUGGUUCUGGAGUGGCGGAUGGCGCGGCUGCCGAUAACCCAAAGUGGACGACCCCGGAACUGCUGGCCUUCAAGCACAACCUGGAGUUUCCGGAUAGCGGCAAUUCGACGCCAGCCGAUCGCCAAAAAUCCGCGAUGAAGUGCCGCCAUUUUUCCGUUGACCUGAGCCAAAUGCGUUCGCUGCGCCUUUUCUUUAACGACGACAACUGUACUUCCGGUCAGUUGGUUAUUGCGUCGCGGGAGUCGCAGUACAAGAUCCUUCAUUUCCACUACGGUGGCUUGGAUCACCUGGCCCAGGUGCUGCACCAGUGGCAUUGCUUUCUGCACAACAUCACAUCGGAAACGGGCCAGGAUAAGUUUGAUUUGCCGUACAGGCACUUCAUGGUCUGUCGGCCAGAGGUCAAGAAAUCCGAAAUGCAUCCGGACGAGGGCGAUGUCAAGAAGAUAACCACGAACUUUUUCUACGGCACGCUGCUCAAUGAAAAGGGGCAGAUCGAGGACGACUUGCUGCUCCGUAAGUGUGUUUUCUUUGGAGGAUUGGAGAAGAGUCUGCGAAAGACGGUGUGGCCAUUCCUCCUAAAGUGCUACUCCUUCUCGUCGACAUUCGAGGAUCGUGCAGUGCUCAUGGACAUCAAGCGGCAGGAGUACGAGGAAAUUACGCGAAAACGCCUGUACUCCAUGUCGCCGGAACAGCAAAUUCACUUCUGGAAGACCGUGCAGAUUGUGGUGGAGAAGGAUGUCGUUCGAACGGAUCGCACCAAUCCCUUUUUCUGCGGCGACGAUAAUCCCAACACCGAGGUCAUGAAAAACAUUCUGCUAAACUUUGCCGUAUACAACACCGGAAUGUCCUAUUCCCAGGGUAUGAGUGAUCUCCUUGCGCCUGUCCUGUGCGAAGUUCAAAACGAGUCCGAGACCUUCUGGUGCUUUGUGGGCCUGAUGCAGCGGGCCUUCUUCGUGUGCACGCCCACCGACCGGGACGUGGACCACAAUCUGAGCUACUUGCGCGAACUGAUCCGGAUAAUGCUGCCGCACUUCUACAAGCACCUGGAGCAGCACAACGACUCCAUGGAGCUGCUCUUCUGCCACCGAUGGCUGCUGUUGUGCUUUAAGCGCGAGUUCACCGAAGCGGUGGUCAUACGGAUGUGGGAGGCGUGCUGGUCGAACUACUUGACAGACUACUUUCAUCUGUUCCUCUGCUUGGCCAUCAUUGCUGUCUAUGCGGACGAUGUGGUGGCCCAGAAUCUGCGCCCGGACGAGAUGCUGCUGCACUUCAGUUCGCUAGCCAUGUACAUGGACGGCCAGCUGAUAUUGCGGAAGGCGCGCGGCCUGCUCCACCAGUACCGGCAGCUGCCGAAGAUCCCGUGCACCCUGAGUGGCCUGUGCAAGCGAUGUGGUCCAGGGAUGUGGGACUCCGAGCAUCGCCCGGCGCUGGAGUGCGUUGGCCACAGUGAUGACGAAAAGUGCUCGCUUUCUAUUGACUAGUUAUCUAAUAUAUACACUGUUUAAAAUCAGCAAUAACUAUUGUUGGCGACUGAUAUAAUUCGUCAUUUACUAUUAGCACAUGUAUUAUGCUUUGGAUUUAUUGGUUUGCUGUCCUGCUUAGCUCACCAAAUGAAGUUAGCCUUUUACUACGUUUAAACGCCCGCUUUAUUUGCAAUUGAUAAUGUUGAAUGUUACAGAUUGGUCUUAUAUGCAAAUAUUUUAUCCAUUUAUAUUAUUUUACUAAUUACUUAAAGCUUAUUUAUAAACAGAGUACGUGGUUUGUAAAACAUAAUUUCGCAAAUAACUGGCAAAUAAACGUAGUAUGCAAUUAUUGUUUCUGGUUAUUAGCUUAUUUAUAAUCGGCUAUUCCCAAGAUACACAAAAAAUGUAAAAACUAAAACAAGCAAGCAAAGUAUUACGAACAUUGGAAUAAAGUUCAAAAACUGUAUGGGUUUAACUCAGCUAAUUAA